ACGGCUGAACCUUCUCGCUUAGUGAAUGGAUCGCGUCUAUAGUGAGAGGCCGCGUGCGCGUACAUCUGAGCCACAAUCGAUCUUUCUUACGAGCGGAAGUUGCUUGGGAAUCAUUAAAUAAUAAAAUUAACAUAGCAUUUUUUUAUUAAAACUCGUUUAAAUCAAAUUCUGCGGUAUAAAUAUUGAAUUGCCAGUGAAAACUACCGUGAAUAUCAUAAGAAGCUUUCAGAGAAAGUUCUGCUCGCAGAAAAUAUUGAAAAAACUACUUAAAUAGACCAGUGUGAGUUAAUUAAUGUGCUAAUUGAUAAGUGAACUCAAAAAAACGUGAGUGUUUAUACUAAAUUUAGAAACAUCGAGAAAAUGACCCAGUGAUAAGAAACAAGGGCGAAUUGACCACGGAUAGCGAGUGCAUAAAUAUUAUGCUCGGUCUACGUCCUCUAAAAUGGCUCGCAAGGUUUCAACAAGGCGGAAUCGCCAACCAAUUGUUCAUGGCAUUUAUGGUGACCAUUCCGGUCCUGAACUUCGGCAUGCUGAUGGGCUGGCAGUCGCCAAUGACGCCGAUCCUGCAAGCAGAAGAUGGGCCCGCGCCAGAACCAAUCACCGACGAGACCAUCUCCUGGAUGGCUUCCAUCACCUUCUUCCCCCCGAUAUUCUGCGGGCUGUUCGUCGGAGACCUCGCUGACCGCUGGGGAAGGAAAAUUACCACCUUAUUGACGUCUUUAGCGCUUGUGAUCAGCUGGUCCAUCACCUUAUUUUCAUUGCGUCCAUGGGCACUGAUAACAUCGCGAGCAGUCGCCGGCCUAGCCUGUGCAGGCUGCUACGUUGUUGCACCCCUAUAUUUAAAGGAGGUGGCAUCAGACAACAUUCGUGGAGCGCUAGGCUCUCUUUUCAUCCUCUCGCAGAACCUCGGCUACCUCUUGGUGUACAUAGCGGGUGAUUUCUUCUCCUUCUCGGCCGUGAUGUGGCUCUGCACUGCCAUACCCGUCCUUCAUAUGCUAGCGUUCCUAGCUAUGCCCGAGACCCCAGUAUUUCUAGUCAAACAAGGAAAGUUACGGGAAGCCAGAGUUACACUGGCGUGGUUGCGGAACACAUCCGUCGAGGAUAAAAAACUGGAAGAGGAGGUGCAACAAAUGGAAAGAGAGGAGGAGUACGCCAAGUCCAUGAAAAAGGCCUCGUGGAAAAGCAUAGUACAAGACAAAACCACAUUCAAGGCGUUCCGCAUAGCAGUUAACGUGAUGCUCUCGCAAGAAACCUGCGGUUACCUGGUGGUGCUCAUGUACGCAGGCUCCAUCUUCGAGCAGGCCUCAGAGUCCAUCAGCCUGAAGCUGAGCCCCAACAAGCAGACGAUAGUAGUGGGCGCCAUACAGCUGCUGGGCUCCAUUGUCGCCAGCUGCAUUGUGGAGAAGACUGGACGAAAGUGGCUUUUAGCGGGCACAUCUUUUGCAACGGGUCUCUCAAUGUUGGCGCUCGGAGCCUGGUUCUACAUAACCUCCAUGUCAAUCUGGCUGCCUGGCUGGCUGCCCGUGGUCGCCAUGUGCCUCUGCAUCUUUGCGGAUGCCGCGGGGUACCAACCGGUACCUUAUGUUAUUACCUCAGAACUAUUUUCUUUCCAGCAUCGUGGCAUGGUAACAUCCUUCGUGAGCUCUGUGGACGCUCUCAGUGACUUCCUCCAAUCAAAAGCCUACGACCCCCUUCUGAAACUCCUGGGAAUCCACUGGGUCUUCAUAAUGUUUUCCUUAGUCUGUUUCAUCGGCACGUUGUAUACUGUGCUGUACGUACCGGAGACUAAAGACAGAAGUCUGGAAGAGAUCUACGCAAUACUUGACGGGAGGCAGAAGGAGAAAAGGAAAGAUGUGGAGACUGGGAAUGAGACUAGUAGAUUAUAGCCACUUCGAAGUUACGACACGGUGUAUGAACUACUCGUGUGUUAUGAGUUUUGACUUGAGGUCUGAGAAGUAUACCUAAGGACGUACGCGAUAGGUAGAUAGGUACCUACCAACCUACUCGUUGAAAUUUUUCUGACUGUCCAAUUUUCUAGACAUUGUACCUACGCUUAUGACUUAUAAAUGACUUGAGGAGUAUGUUCGCUCUCCUUGAAAUUCUUUUGACUAACCAGAUUUCUUGAGACAAUAGACAAAUACGAAUACCUAUCGGAGAUUGUAACUUACUUAAUUGAACCUCGUUACCAGUAUGGAACUGGCCAGCAAUUUCAAUAACGUCCUGUUGGAAAUUGCUGGUGUGGCGUCUUUUUAAUAAAUAAUGCAAUUUCUGAGCAAGUGGCAAUUUAUUAAAGAAUAACGGCCUAUUAUUAUUAUAGGAAUAGGUGCCGAUUUAGGAUCGGUAAUUGCACACCACAAUAUUAUAAUGACCAUCAGACGUGACUUAUAGGGAUAGGUAUAAGGUAGCUAUAAGGUAGGUAGUAGAUACCUAUCUACGAAAAAAUUUACUAAUUAAUAACAUUUUUACAAGGCCAUAAACGGCCCUAAAUUUUUGUGCAAUGGAUAUGAAUCUAGUUUGUAUACUGUGAUAGGAUUGAAAUUGUAUAAGAAUGUAUUUUUUUACUGUGCCUAUUUACUUCCGAUUGUGAUAUUAUUGACGAAUAAAUAAAUGGUAUUAUUAGAGAUAAGUUCAGAUGCCAUGAAAUCAUUAAAUAAUUUAUACACAUUA